AUGUCAACCGGUGGAGAUAAUACAGAGAAGCAAGAGAAGCAAGCUCUACCUCCUUCAAAUCAACCUUCUCAACUUGGACAAAAUAACACAAAACAAGGUGGUGAACAACCUGCAUCAAGCACAAAUAGUGCAAGCAACAAUAGACAGUUUGGAUUCGCCUUAACUUCUACAGCAACAAGUAGUUCUCAACCGAGUACUGCUUUUCCGACACAAUUUCGAUCCGCUUCUGGUCCCGCAGCCUUUGGCGGCUUAUUUUCAAAUACUUCUUCGGCUUUUCCUACCUCUGCAAAUACUCCAACAACAUCUGGUUUUGGCAAACCGACGUCUUCUGUAACACAACCUUCACCUUUACCUUUCGGUACGAUUAUUAAUUCAGUUGGAGCCACAACAGGAGGAGCCUCGACAGGAUCACAAAUUAGUUCUUCUAGUUCAAAUGCAACGUUUGGGGGAAAUGCAACUUCUACGUUUGGAUUAGGAACACCUUCAGUAUUUGGUGCCGGAUUUGGAACGUUUGGAACUGCGAAUCAAGUAACGACAUCUACGGGAUUUUCUGGUUUUGGAACCUCAAAUCAAUCAUCUACAGGAACGACAGCUCCAUCAGGAUUUUCUGGUUUUGGAACCUCAAAUCAAUCUUCUACAGGAACGAUAGCUCCAUCAGGAUUUUCUGGCUUUGGAACCUCAAAUCAAUCAACUACAGGAACUACAACUUCAUCGGGAUUUUCUGGCUUUGGAACCUCUAAUCAAUCAACUACAGGAACUACAGUUCCAUCGGGAUUCUCUGGCUUUGGAGCCUCACAUCAAUCAACUACAGGAACUGCAGCUUCAUCGGGAUUUGCUG